AUGGCUUCCAACAAGGUCUGCAUCGUGGGUUACGCCCGGACGGCGAUGGGCGGGCUUUCGGGCUCGCUUGCGUCCCAGACGGCUCCCGAGCUCGGGGCGGUGGCGAUCAAGGGUGCACUCGAGCGUGCUGGUGUGGCGGCCGAGGCCGUGCAGGAGGUGUACAUGGGCCAUGUGCUCUCGGCGGGUGUGGGUCAGGCGCCUGCCAAGCAGGCUGCGCUCAAGGCCGGCAUCCUGCCGUCUGUCCCGUGCACCUCUGUCAACAAGGUCUGCUCGUCGGGCAUGAAGGCCAUCCACGUGGCGGCUGCAUCCAUUCUCAUCGGCCAGUCCGAUCUGGUGGUGGCCGGCGGCAUGGAGUCGAUGACCGGCGCGCCGUUCCUCCUCCCUGCCGCGACCCGGGGCGGCCUCCGCUACGGCAACUCGGAGCUCCGCGAUUCGUGUGCGUCGGACGGGCUCACGGAUCCGUAUGGCGAUCAGGCCAUGGGCUGCCUCGCCGAGGAGUGCGCCGAGGAGCACGGCAUCUCGCUCGUACGAGCGUGCCCGCGCGGCUGCCGACGCGGGGUCUUUGCCGACGAGAUUGUGCCGGUCGUCAUCAAGUCGCGCAAGGGCGAGACCGUGGUCGACGCCGAUGACGAGCCGGCCCGGUUCAACCCGGCCAAGUUCCCCUCGCUCCGCACCGUCUUCAAGCGCGACGGCACCGUGACCGCCGGCAACGCCUCGACCAUCUCAGACGGUGCCGCCGCUGUCAUCCUCGCCUCGGAGGCCAAGGCCGCCGAGCUCGGCCUCACCGUUUACGCUACCAUCGAGGGCAUGGGCGACGCUUCGCAGGAUCCGGCCAAGUUUACCACCUCACCGGCCCAUGCCAUCCCGGUCGCCUGCAAGCGAGCCGGCAUCGAGCUCGCCGACGCCGACCUUGUCGAGAUCAACGAGGCCUUUGCCGUCGUUGCCCUCGCCAACAUGGCCCUGCUCGGCCUCGACGACGCCAAGGUCAACAUCUACGGUGGCGCCGUCUCCAUCGGCCACCCGCUCGGCUGCUCCGGCGCUCGCAUCGUCGUCACCCUGCUCAACGCCCUGAUUCGCGAGGGCAAGUCGGUCGGCAUUGCCGGCAUCUGCAACGGCGGCGGCGGUGCGUCGGCGCUUGUCAUCAAGCGCCCGGCUGCGUAG